UAACGCACCGUACCGUUGUGAAGGCAACGUAACAUAUUAUACAUAUUACUUUGGCGGUUUUUCCCCAAUUCUGCACUUUGUUUUCUAGUUAGGAAAUUCAGGACAGGGUCGGCAGCAUAGCAAAACAUGCCUCUUUUCUCCGGUCGGGAGGCCAAAAAAAUGGUUGGUCGGAAAUGAGAACCACAGAAUUAGAAAGCGACGCGCUAAUGACUAUAGUAAUACAAAUUAUUAAUUUCGUAAGGACGCCUACGAUUGGUUGUCACAGUUUUGCCUUGGCGGUGGAAGUCAACCUGAACGUCAAUUUAAUGUACAGCAACGUAUGCCUCAGCAUUGCUGGCCUAAAGUGCUCUUUUAAAUGGCGAUUAGAGAUAUUGCUACCGCUGUAGAACAUUUGCGCAUUCGCGAUCCUUUACACAUAUUUAUCAGCCAACGAUGCGGAUAGAAAUACAACCAUCAGACAUCACAAACAUGGCUGGGCUGUUGGAUGUAUCACGUUAUGGCUGGAAUGUCUACAUUUGCCGUCUGUUGCUCCCGGUGAUGUUUGUCUGCUGUUGCUUUCAACAAGGUAGCUGCGAUCUUGCAGCCCUCCCUAUUCAUGGGAAACAUACGUCACAGAGCACCGAAUGGUCGCCUCAUCAAUCUUAUCAGGCCAUCGAUGGACGGACGAAUUCCUUCUCGCACACCGAUGAUAAUGAUCCGCAUCCUUGGUGGCUGCUGGACCUAGGUAGUAAUCACAACUUGAGUGGAAUCAACGUCACACUCCGAGAGGAUAGCGGGGGUUAUCGUUUCACCGGGGCGAUAGUGCGAGCUGGACUGAGCCCCAACUUCAACGAUAACCUGCCGUGCGGCUCACCGGCUACCAGCAAUCAGUCUAAGAAUGGUGCCGAGAUCCCGUUCCUGUGCGAGCCACCGCGGACGGCUAGGUAUAUCAGCUUGGACAUCGAUACCUCCAUGCCCGGUGUAGAUCCGAGAGAGGCAUAUUUGCAACUUGCCGAGGUGGCGGUGGAAAACGUCACGUCUGCCCUCCCUGUUUAUGGGAAAAGUACAUCACAGAGCUCAACAUGGCUUCCUUAG